CCUUCCCUCUCCGCUUCGCCUCAGUCUCCCACCAUCUCCCCUCUCCCUCCCUCAGAUCCGCCACCGUCCACCUCCACACGGACUCCAUGCGCACCCCGUCCUCGCCAGCCUCUGCGCGCACCCCGUCCUCGCCCGCCUCCGUGCGGCCUCCACCUCCACCUCCAGCCCCACCGCACACCACUCCUCUCUCUCUCCCUGCGCGACAAACCCUAACGCUCAGAUCCAGAUCCCUCCCAUCGCCGCCACCCACCUCCCCCGUCUUCCUCACCUCGCCGCCGGCUACGACCUCGGCUCUCCCCUCCCCUCCCCUCCCUCAUCAGAAGAGAUCCGAUCUCCCGUCGAUGUCCUCCUUCCUCCUGCUCCGGGCAACCAGCGCGCCGCCGCCAGCCCCUUCUCCAGUGGAACCGCAUCUCCCUGAGCGUCGCCGCCGCUGUUGAGCACCCGCCGCCGCAGGGGUCCAUGCUGCGUCCCGAGCCAAUCGCGCUCUACGGUGGAGAGGCGAUGGAUUCAGCAGGCGCCUCGAAGCCCGAGGAGGAGGUGACCGCUUACCAGAGCAGCGAGGCCAAGCAGGCGAGGCUGCAGUCCAUGCUCGCGGCGCUCCUCGACGACCCCAUUCUGGUCGACGUCUCGAGGAAGCCCUCGCUGGCAGACGUGGACACGCUCAUCAACCUCGAGCUCGGCAGCGCCAUGAGGGUGACCGUCGUCAAGCUGGACAACACCUCAUUCAGUAUAAUAUGGCCCUCUUCGAACCCCGCCCACAUUUUUGUCCAAAUCCCUUACCGUGCGUUAAUCCCACAUCCCAAUUCGUGUUCUUGUUGUCGUUGUGGUGAGUGAUACAGAUGUCGUGGUGUUGAACACUGCUACGCUCAAGGAUUUGAAGCUGGCUAUCAGGAAGUGAUAGUCAGAUUUAUUUGUCUGAAACUGUGGAAGGAUGAAUUCUGACAUCCAUGUCAUCUAAUUCAUUCAUGCUGACAUGUGUUGAUCUAAUUAGUUGACAUCCUUCGAAAUGCUGCCGAUUUGUCUUUGCUAUUUAAUAUAUCCUAUGAUGGGCACUAAGGCACUGUUGAUCCACCAAAAUUUUCUUAGUUUAGAUGGGUGUGAUUAUCUAAAUAAGCUGAGGGUAACAAGAUGUAUGGUAUUAACCUGAAUUCUUAGUAGGCUCGAGAUGUUGAGAAUCCUUGCUGAAGUCGUGUUUUAGUUUGACUUUGCACUGUGUAUUGAAUAGCUAAAUCUGUGUACAUAAGGUUAUUCAAGCCUGCUUGAAUUAGAUUCCAAGCUAGAGCUUAUUCUAAUUUUUAGUUUCAUUUUGCACUGAACUUGACCUAUUUGGUAUUAACUAGCUGAAUGUGUGUACACAAGGUUAGUCAAACCCAUUCAAAUGAAGGUCCCUAUCUUAACUAAUCUAUUUCAGUUAAGCUAAGGAGAAUAUAAUGUUCGAAUAUUGUCCUCUUAAAGAUGUAUGAGCUCAACAUAGAAAGAAUUUUCUCUCUAAGAUGAUACACUGGUAUCUAUAUUCUAAACUAGGGUCCCAUUUCUGUGACUCCAUGAAGCUUCGGUCAUGUGGUUUUAAGUUUAUCUAGGACACUACAUUGUUUGCCUGUCUGAUAUAACGAGAGCACUCACUACAAAGAGUUCUUGGCAUCAGUAUUUGUUAACGCUAAAUUGUCAGAAAGUAUUAUACCUAUUCAUCCAAGAAAGGCUACUGUGUAGUAUGAGGAUUGUAGUGUUGUUAAAACAAAUUGUAGAUUUGGGAAGGCUCAACUAAUUUAUUGUUGUGCAGACUGAACAUUACUAGAUGCUGGGAAAAAUAAACUGUAGAAAAUUACGAGCCGACAUACGUGUUCUAUAAUUAAAAAGCUUCAGCUGCUUAAGUGUAAAACUAGUUAGAGAUCCUACCUUAUUGAAUGUUAGCUAUGCUUAAUAAUAUGGCCUUCUAAGUUCUAUCACAAUGUUACCUCUUCAGCUGUAUAAUAGCUGUCAGGCUUGUAUUGUAUUCCCCAAAAGUGCCAACUUGUAAACCCUACCUGAUGGACGUCAUAUACCGCUGGUCAAAGGUUGAGACAUCGAUUCUUAUCAUGCAUAAUCUCGACAUCUGAUGCAAUCAUACUCUGCAUCUGUAUUGCUGCUGCAGUUUUUGUAGUUAUAUUCUGUGUAGACUCCUGAAACAUUUUCCUCACAGGGCGCCACCUUCGGAGAGGUGACAGAAAUGACUGACAUUUUUGAAGGAAGCAUCAUACGGCUAGUUAGGAGGCUGGAUGAAUUUCUGAAUCAGGUAAACCACCUGUUGGUUCCGGGCACUAGUACUAAAAUCACUUGGAUAGAGAGUGUCUGUCUUUGAUUAUCCCAUUUGACUUAAAGUGCAUGCGAAUAAAUAAAAACUGCCUUCAAUUGAUCCAUUAGAUCAAUGUGCAUGUGAAUACAAGUGUGACAUGUCCUUCUAGCAAAAUGUCCAUAAACUGUCAACAUUUACUCUCAAUUGUGACAUGACUGAAUAUGAUGAACAAGUUGGGCUGUAGCUAGAUAUGUAAGAAAUGUUAUCUAUUUCUGUUUAUCUCCAUCUAUAGAAGUUGUGAUUGGCAUUGACUUUCUUCUUUGCCCUUUUCUGCAUGCCCAACACUUCACUUUUCUAUUACAAGUUCUGUAAAUAGUCAAGAAAAUAAGCUUGCCUUGUUUUCCUUUGUCGAACCAACUGACUUGAUUUGUU